AUGGCGGCAAACCUCGACAAUGAUCCCCACACCCCCAUGCCAACCUUCUCCGGUAGACCACGAGCGCCGCCAACUCCUAUCCAGCAAGAUCCUCUCAGCCUUGAUCCCCUCAACCUCCAAGCUCUCUCCAAUUCCCUCCCCUCCCAACUCUCUUUCCAUCCCCAACCCCCACCGCGAUCCACUGCUCCCUCCUCCAAUCUCGCCAUCCUCAAUGUUCACAUCAUAGACCACAUCAAGAUCCAGGUCGACGGCAGCGGCAAGAACUUCUCCAAAUGGCGUCAGGUCAUCCUCCUCCUGCUCCGCAUGUACAAGGCGAUGGACCACGUGAUGGAGGGGGACGCGCUAGCCGAUCCCGACGACGAUUGGCUCGCCGUCGACAUCCACCUCUCCCUCUGGUUCCUCGCCACGCUCUCCGAUGACCUCCAUCGGCUCGUUGUCGGCGCUGACGGUCGCGCCGGCACCACUUGGAUGCGCCUCCAGAAGCUCUUCGCCGCCAACGACCUAUCCCGCUACAUGUACCUCAGCAAGGCGUUCCAGAACUGCCCGCGCGGGGAUCUGCCCAUCGCCACGUACGCCAGCAAGCUCCAAGGCAUCGCCGAUGACCUGGCCGCCAUCGGCCGCCCGGUCGAUGAUCAGGACCUCGCGUUCCAAUUCCUCGACGGCGUCAGUAAGAAAUUUCGUCUGGAAGCCGCUAUCCUCAAAAACGGGGAGUCCCCCGUCUCCUUCGCCGAUGCCUGCGCGCGUCUCCAACGCGUCGAGGUCGCCGACGCCUCCGAGCAGCUCGAGGAGGCUUCCCAGGUCAUGGUCGCCCAUGGUGGCGAUCGUGCUCCCCCCAGCGGCGGCGAUCGCGGUCACAACGGCGGCACCGGCAAUCGUGGCGGACAAGGCAGCGGACAAGGCCACGGCGGGCACCAACGUUGGGCCGGCGUCAGCCCCAACUACAAGGGCAAGAAUCCCAUCCCUGGCUACCAGGGGCAUGGCCAGGGAAACUCUCAGCACAGCGGCGGCCAGCAGCAGCAGCAGUACAACGGCGGCGGACAACAGUAG